AGCUCAAGGUCAUGCUGAGUCUGAAUUUGGGUGUAGCCAUUGUCAAGCUCCAGAUUCAAUUCGAAGGCCAGGAUCCUAGUGACGCGCGUCAUGCUCAAGCUACAGGAUGGCUAAUCAUGCCCCAUCACAUCAUCACCGCCGCACAUUGCGUUUAUGACCAUACAUACAACUAUGGAAAAGCUGUUCAUGUCCGCGCUUUUGUGGGAUACAAUGGCAAGAACUCUAUUGACCAGCCUGGUGUCCAAUUUCGCAGAGGUCUCAGGGCUGUCAUUCCGAAAGACUGGAUCAUCAGUGACACCAAUCGCGCCAGCGAUGUCGCUUUCAUCAAGGUGGAAGGAUUCAACAACAUUGUGCGUAUCAGCCAGCAACCCACUACAGGCUUUGUGAAUAAGAUGCUUUUGAGCGUGGUUGGGUACCCGUGCGACAAAUCCUUGGGCGAUGAACGGGGCGCGCAAAUGUACGAGAUGACCAAAACAACAGAUUGCGAUCUAUCAAAAACCGCUUUUAACAUGCUGGAGCACACCAUGUCUUUUUCAGGUGGUCAAUCCGGGCCGCCUGUUCUCAUCAGUGGCGAAAGCAAGGCUAUCGGCGUCUCUUCGUAUGGUACCGGAACUAGGAACACAGCAACUGUGUUUCGAGGUAGACUUGGAACCUGCCUCAGCGGCAUGUCUACUGUCAUGUGUGCCUUGGAUCGUGCUCCUGCUGGUAGCGAAGAUAUCAGAUACAUCAUGACCACGGGCCACCCGGAGGGCAGUGCGACAGAAGAGCCCCUCAGUGAUGUUAAAGCUUUUUGGGCAAUUUUCCAGAAGACGGGCAGUCCUAUCGCUGCCGUUGCAGGUGCCGCACUCGGUGUCAUGGGCAAGCUUGGUUCAGACUUUUCCAUCGAUAUUGGGUCCGUCCGCUUCAAUUACAGGCAGUCUGCUGCCCGUGCCAUUGUUGCAGAGGCUGCUAUACAGACUGUCCUGAUGAUGGAUCCUCACACGGCGAACGAGUUCAGAAUAUUCGACAAGAUGGAGUAUCAAUUCAUAGAGACGAAGGAUGUUGUUCCCAGGAUUGCAAAACUCAUCACACCUGGUAUUAUUGAGUCUGCACUUCGGAUCUCAGUCAAUGCUUCUCUGAGCGACGGUGCCAAAAGACUUGUUGAUGCCUUCACCCGGUACACAAAUCAAGGCGAUGCCAAUGAGAUGUCUGAGUUUCUUGGAAGCAUCGUUGAAACAGCUUUAUCUGCUGGUUCUCCCAACAUCGACGUCAUCACUCGAGCCAUCGGCGAGUUUGAACUGAGCGUGACCGACAUGUCGACUCACGUCGAGAUUCUGUGUCACAGAGCACUUAUGGCUAUGAGACACUGUAGAGCAGUGUCACCAAUACCUCUCGAUCAAAUGAUGCAGAAUGGUGUGUUUGAUCAUUUUGUCGGUACGGUUGUGAAGAUUGGAAAAACGGUCAUUGGAGUCGCUCCUGUUGUCGUUCAGAAUAUCUUGGAAAGUAUCAGACAGGAGGAGUAA